GUUUGCACUUUUCUGGUCACCUUAAGUCUACCACUCAUGGACACUGGUCAUGGGUGUUGUGGCAAAGCUGUAGGUCAUUGUUGCAGGUCUACAACAAAAAAUUUGGGCACCAAUCUUGCUUCUCUUCCAUCCUGUUCUUGUUUUAGUUAUGUAGGAGCCAUCUUCAAUGUCAGAUUUUACAUAAUUAUUCUGCAGAUCAUCAUGGUUCAGCAAAUGCUCAUUCUCACUCUACAUGUUGGUUAGGAACACAUUGAACAACAGAGCAGCGACUUUAAAAAGAACUGCCAUUUUUUGACAGACUAAUGGACAGACAGACCUCUAGCCUCGUUGGACAAUGGCCACAGAAUUGAAAGAAGAAAUGCCUGGGAAGAAGAAUGGCCUUCAGUUUUGCUACAACACCCAUGGGUGGUGGACUUUUGGCUACCAGAAAAGUGCAAACACCAACUCUAUUGCAAGAACAAUAGACACCAUAAUGCUUCACAGAUCAAAUCCUACAUACCUAUGUGUCUCAGUCCAAACCUUCUGGAUUUCCAGAUCUGGUUGUCUCCCCUAUCAUGUAUUGAAAUGAUGGGAUUUUGACUGUUUGAGUCAGAGAUCCUGUGCCAAAUGGAAUAUGAGGCAUUGCCACAUUUUGCUUCUGAUUGUCAGACUCCCCCCCUCCAACAGUAGCAUUUAUAAUAUGUAGGGAAGACUGUAGAAGAGAGAAUGGUCAUCUUUGCUUUUGCUUGUUUUCUUGUUUCAGUCUCAUGACAUUUCAUUCAGGACGUCCAUCAUCUGCAAAAGGAGAGUUGUUACUUGGGUUUCAUUGCAUCUUGAUGCAUGCCAUGCUAGAAGUUGCAAUGAAUCAUGGAUAAGCUGACCAUAAUAUCAGCAACCCUCUUCAUGAUGGCUGAUGUUUUUGCCAUUGUCAGCCUUGCCAUGCCAGACUGGAUUGUAUCAGAUGUUGGAGGAGCAACACAAUUGGGUCUGAUGUGGACAUGUAUGACAAUUCACAACCGACCUCAGGUGUGCUUCACUCCUCAGUUGCCACCAGAGUGGAUGAUGACUCUCAUCUGCAUCUUCAUUGGCUGUGUGUGUGUGACAACAACCGUGAUUCUUCUGGCAUCCUCCCAUUGGGAUGGAAAUGUCAUCCCAUAUGCUCGCUGGGUUGGCUUCGCUGCCAUGGUGCUGUUUUGCCUGGCAGCUGUAAUUUUCCCCCUUGGUUUUGGGAUGGCUGAAAUUGGUGGUAAGGCAUAUCAGCUUCCCAACAGCUUCCAGGUCGGCUUCUCAUAUAUUUUCUUUGUUCUUGCAUUGUGGAUAACUGUCAUCUCAGAACUUUUUGCUAAGCGUGUUUGCCUUCCACAUUUUUGAAUCUCAUUUAGUGCAUUUCAGCCUCUACCAGAUGUCAAGAGCAUGACCGUCUUUCAUUGCAAUGCUAUACGAGGUGCAUAUGAAAAGUUCUAAUCAAUGUUUUCAUGAGUUUACAUUGGCAGGGAGAAAGAUAAAUCAUGUCAUGUUGUGGCUUGACAUGUUUGCUACUAACCUCUAUAUUUUUCAUGUUAAUUUUGUGAUGCAUCAAAUGAUGCAUUAAAAGCGUGUGCAAUAUCAUCAAUGCUAAUUCUUCCUUUCAAUAAUUUUUUGAAAAUGGUUGAGUUUAGCAAAUAAGGGUACAGUUUACAGUUUUGUGAAAUACAAAGGGCUGUGGUCUCCUUUGUCAACACAAAGAGGGAAAAAGUAGUGGAGCAUUGAACUGGUAGAUGCCUGUGAAUGGUUUGUCAAUAUGCCCCCAAUGAUUUCUACCUGAUCACAAACCUGCAGGGGGAAAUGCUCCCCUGCAUGGAGAACAUACCCACAAAGGAAACUCUACUGCUGCUAUCCAAAGGUGAAUCUAAUUGAGCAUUUUAUGCAGUGACGGGUAUGGAGGUUAUUCUAAAACAUGAGCAAAAGUUGAACAAUGUGGCAUUGUAAGCUUCCCAGUAAGAAAUUAAUGAUCAGAAGUUUUUACAUGCACCUCAUAUAUGUAUCUUUUUGUCUUCUUUUUCCAUGCUUGUCUCUCAUUCGCUUGUUUUGUGAACAAAUAAAAACAACUGCCCAAUAGUCU